CUCCCUAGUGGCUCCAUUGGCGCUGGCCUGCAUCGGUGGGCUCGAUUGGCUGCCCAGCGGGCACUAACGUCCCCUCAGAGCCGGGUGGCCGCCAGAGGUAAACAGCCAUGUGCAACCCUCUACUCUAUAUUUAACAGCUGCUGCGGGGAAGGCAGGGAGGCAAGGAGGCAGGGAGUGGUGGCGGCUCUCGGGGCAGCUCCUGUCUUCGGGGACAAGGCCGUGCAGCCGGGCUGGCCCCGGCCCUCGCCGUGUGAGCGUCACCAUGCCAGCCUCCCAGAGCCGCUCCCGGGCCCGGGACCGCAACAAUGUCCUCAACCGGGCAGAGUUCCUGUCCCUGAACCAGCCCCCCAAGGGGGCCCCGGAGUCCCGCAGCUCCGGCAGGAAGGCCCCGGGCCCCUCAACACAGCCCCCGCCCCCUGGUGAGGGGGCCCGCGAGCGGCGCCAGUCACAGCAGCUGCCUGAGGAGGACUGCAUGCAGCUGAACCCCUCCUUCAAGGGCAUCGCCUUCAACUCCCUGCUGGCCAUUGACAUCUGCAUGUCCAAGCGGCUGGGGGUGUGUGCCGGCCGCGCGGCGUCCUGGGCCAGCGCCCGCUCCAUGGUCAAGCUCAUUGGCAUCACGGGCCACGGCAUCCCCUGGAUCGGGGGUACCAUCCUCUGCCUGGUGAAGAGCAGCACGCUGGCUGGCCAGGAGGUGCUCAUGAAUCUGCUCCUGGCCCUGCUCCUAGACAUCAUGACGGUGGCCGGAGUGCAGAAGCUCAUCAAGAGGCGCGGCCCAUUCGAGACGAGCCCCAGCGUCCUGGACUACCUCACCAUGGACGUGUACGCCUUCCCCGCCGGCCACGCCAGCCGCGCGGCCAUGGUGUCCAAGUUCUUCCUCAGCCACCUGGUGCUGGCGGUACCCCUGCGUGUCCUGCUGGUGCUCUGGGCCUUCUGCGUGGGCCUGUCGCGCGUCAUGAUCGGCCGUCACCACAUCACGGACGUCAUCUCGGGCUUCAUUAUCGGCUACUUCCAGUUCCGCCUGGUGGAGCUGGUCUGGAUGUCGUCCAACACCUGCCAGAUGCUCAUUUCCGCCUGGUGAGCCACCCGCCCAUGGCCCCAGGACACGGGGUGGCCCUGGACAGGUGGUGGGAGCAGCAGGGCCCGCGGGGGAUGGCCGCGCGAACCGGCAGCCGCAUCUUCCCCAUCCUGGUCGGAGGCCCCCUGGAGGGCCAGAGGGGCGGGAGGGCCGGGUGUCACCCGCUCCUUCACUUGGAUCGAUGUCCACUCCGGGCAGGCCAGGGGGCCCGUGGGACGGACAGUUGUGCUUUGCUUCUGCCGCGGAGCAGGAGGCAAGGACCACAGUGGCAGGAGCGGGGCCCCAUCCCGUCCUCUCCCUUCGCUGUCAUGACUGCUGAGAGCUUGGCUGUCCCGCCACAGCACGACGCCUGGCAAACACCCCGGCCCGCCGCCCAACACAGGUGCCACUGCCUUUAACGGUCAUCGAUAGCUUAGGGCAGCACUUCCCCGAGGGCACACUGCCAGAUGCCAAUCUGCAAGACGCUUUGGGAAGGAAAAGGGUUUUGUGGUCAAAUAAGCUUGGGAAAUGCUGCAUACUGUGCCCCCAUGCUGAACAUUCGCGCCGUUGUUGUCAUAAAGGUUCUGGCAAGUCCUGUAGAAAUGCUUCCGGUCGAACCUGGUUGAACUCUGUGUUUCCUCAACUUAUUUGACCACAGACCCCUUUUCUUGAGGAACCGCUACUAAGCCCCAAAGAUCCACCGUCUCCUCAAGCAUGUUUUGGGAGAUGCUGCCCAGGAACCGGAGGGCCUGAGGUGCAGGUGGGCCUCGCCCAGCUCCUGGGGAGGCCUGGUGUCAUGCUGUCUGCAGAGAGCCCAGGGCCAUGGGCAUCGGUGCCACUUUGGCCCCCAGGGGCCGGACUCCAUGUGACCUGAUAGGUCAUUUCCAAGUACCCAUUAUGGAUGCUCAUUUCAUGUGACAAUACAGAUGACGUGCAGCAGA